ACUCCACGUGUUCCGCCUGCCUCAGCUGCAUCUCCAGGCAACAGCAAGUACGGCCUAAUCACGUAUAUUAGACACGCAGACAAGGUCUGUGGUAGCUUACAGGGGGAUAGCUCAGGGGAACGUAAACGGCAGGAUGUUGGAUGAUCAGGCUCGAUCAGGUUCAGGGAAGUUGCUAUACCACUUUGCGCAGUCUGCAGCUAUUUUUUAGAAUUCGUUAAAGAAGGUCAAGAUCGGCGUAGAUGCUGAAUCAAGCGUGUCAUCAUGGCCGUCCAUCUUUCCUCGUCAACAGCAGCGCUGGCGCCACACCCCUCCUCCGCCUCCUCAUCCCCCUUUCCGCGCAACCCCUCAUCCCUUCCGCGCACCCCCGCAUCUCUUCCGCACAACUCCGCUCUUCUUCCGCUCUUACCCGCGCGUCCUCCGCAUUCUUCCGACAGAUCCUCCGCUCUCCGCCGCUGCCGGUCGUUCUCCUUCCCCGCGCCAGCCUACGCGCUCCCCUCCCGCGCUGCCAGCCGCUGCUGCGCCUCACGUGGAUCCGCGGACGGGGGACCAGGGGGAGAUAAGGCGGAAAUACAGCGAGGGGAAGGGGAACAACGGGGAGAGGAAAGGCGGUCACCAGGAGGGGAAGAUAGACUAGCAGAAAAAGCAGCUGAGCGGACAGCAGGAGGGGAAGAUAGACUAGCAGAAAAAGCAGCUGAGCGGACAGCAGGAGGGGAAGAUAGACUAGCAGAAAAAGCAGCUGAGCGGACAGCAGGAGGGGAAGAUAGACUAGCAGAAAAAGCAGCUGAGCGGACAGCAGGAGGGGAAGAUAGACUAGCAGAAAAAGCAGCUGAGCGGACAGCAGGAGGGGAAGAUAGACUAGCAGAAAAAGCAGCUGAGCGGACAGCAGGAGGGGAAGAUAGACUAGCAGAAAAAGCAGCUGAGCGGACAGCAGGAGGGGAAGAUAGACUAGCAGAAAAAGCAGCUGAGCGGACAGCAGGAGGGGCAGCUGCUGAGCGAGCAGCAGUGGAGGAAACAGCAGCGUUUUCCGGAUCGCAAAACCGAGUUGUGCCCGAAGCGGGAGUUACUAUUGAGAGUGCCCUUUUAUGGGAGGGGUGUCUGCUAAAAAUACCUGAAGCCGAAGCGUGCGUGAAAGGCACGUCAGGCGCGGAUCCAAGCAACGGCCUUGCCUGGCCUGGCAAGUCGGUGCUGCAGCUCGUGUGCAGUGCGGUGCUGAGCGGUUGUCUUGUUUUGAGUCCCCUCUCCUGCCUCCCCAACCAUUACACCUCUGCUGCUGCUGCUGCUGCUACAGCCGCUGCUACAGCCGCAGCUGGCUCCUAUAGCAUGCGGCAUGGUGCUGAUAGCACCAUGGAAUCUGGCAGCACGGAGGGGAAUACGCGCAGCAUGGCAUCCAGUAGCCAUGGCCGCUACAUCUAUGCGUUCAACGACCAGGAGAUCAAUGUUCCGUCCAUCACCAUUGCUCCCUCAGUCACCACCGCAUCUUCACUGCUUCUCAGCCCUCUUUCUGUGUCCGAGCCUGCUGCUCCUCCCGUUCUGGAGUCCCCAGCUCGCCCUGCUGCCCCGCUGUCGCUGGAGCAGCUUCUGGCGGAGCAACUUGCGCAGAGGUUCCGUGUGAUGUCAGACGGCGAGCUGGUGGGCUUCUUCCAGCAGCUGCUCUCUACCGCGCGCCACACAGGGGCGGAAGCCGAGCAGAGGCGAGUCGAGAGGCUUCCUGGAAGCACAAGUGGAAGUGGUGCCACAGAAGGAGUGCAAGAUGGGCCGGCUGGUGAUUCUGUGCCGGAUUCUGCUGCGCCUUCAGCUGCUCCGGAGGGGCUCUCAGGGCUCCCCUCGUCCCGCCAGCCUGCCUUUGGUGUCUCAAAUGUCCCGCCUCCAUCCGUUCUGCUUCCUCGUUCUCCUCCUCCUCCUCCUCCUCCUCCUCCUCCUCCUCCUCCUCCUCCUCCUCCUCCUCCUCCUCCUCCUCCCCUGCCCUUCUCCCCUCCUCUGGAGCCACCUUCACAGUUCCUGCCGCCACCGCCACCUGCCUGGCAACCCCUGCCACUGCCACCACCAGCACCAGUUGAACCAACAGAACUGGCACCAGCAACAGCACCAGCAGCGCCACCAGCGCCACCAGCAGCAGCACCUGUAGCAACAGCAGCAGCAGCAGCACCUGUAGCUGUCUCGCCAUCUGCUACAGGCUUACCGCCUGUAGCAGAUUCGACUCCAGGACUAACAUCAGUGCCAGCAGCACUAGAGGAGGCUCAGGAGAAGGUUCAGGAGAAAGUUCAAGAGAAGGUUCAGGAGAAAGCUCAGGCGAAGGCUGAGGAGGAAGAAAAGGAAGGAUUGGAGUUACAGGCGAAUGGGAGCUCGGGAGAAAGGCUGACUCUGGACGCAUGGGCAGCAGCAGCAGUGGAGAGGCUACAGGGAGAUCCCACCGUGCAGGCUCUGACGGGCGGAUUGAGUGGGAGGGGAGGGGAGGAGGGAUCAAGCCGAGUCAUCCCACCGGGCAGUUCGGGUACGUCACCUGUUGCUGGUGCUUCUACUGAUGCCGAAGUUUCUGCCAGUGGUGAAACUCAGAACCCAGACCCCUCAGCUGUCCAGCAGCAGACCCUGCAGAACGAGACUGGGCAGCAGACUCCAGCAACCCAGCUCCUGUUCGAGCGAGCCCAGCAACAGGCCGAGCAGCAGGGGCAGCAGUUCCGAGCCCAGCUGCAGCAGCUAUGGGACCAGAUCGAGCGGUUUCAGGAGCGGAUUCAAGAGUUCCAGCAGCAGGACACGCCUCUAGGGAUCAAGGCAGGGAAGCUGGUGGCAGCGGUGGCGGCGCUGGGGUUUACGGCAGCGGCUGGGGUGGUGGCAUUGAGGGUGCCGGAUGGGGGAGACGGGAGGGAGGGGAGGGAGGGGAAGGGAGGGAAGGGAGGGGUUGAGGAGAAAGAGAGGGCGGAGGGGAAAGGGGGUGGUGAUGCGAAAGGGCUGGAGGAGCAAGAGAGGGUGGGCGAGGCAGGUGUGGAGGAGAGAGCCGAGGAUGGGGGGAAGAGCGGGGAAGCAGCGAGGGGAGCCGAGGUGGGGGUACUGGUCGAUUUGGAGGAGACAGUUGUGGAUGGGGUGAGGGGGAAGGGGGGAAGAGAGAAGGAGGCAGGGAGUGACGGGGUUGGGGGAAGGAGGGGAGGGAUGAGGCGGCGGAGGUGGGUGGGGUUGCUGGGUGGGGAUGAGGAGGAGAGGGAAGGGUGGGAGGGGAGAGGGGGGGAACGAGGGUAUGAUGAUAACUUUUCUGAGGGAGAGGAGGAGGGCUCGGCCCGGGGAAUAGAGGUCGCCAGUGCUGCUAAUGCUGCUGCAAUGGAUGCUGCUCCAAUGAUUUCUUCUAUGGCUGGCGCACGUGAUGCUGCUUCUAGUAAUGCUGCUGUGGAUGCAGUUGCUGCUGCUGCUGCUGCUGCUGCUGCUGUGGCCAUGGGCGCGGCUGAUGCUGCUGCUGGUGUUUCGCCUACUGCCAGUGCGGCCAAGAAUGGUGUGAAUGGUCGUGUGGGCUCGUCGCCAGCAAAUGCAGAGAAGGAAUCAGGCACUGCAGCAGACGUUGCAGGAAAGGUUGCAGCAGACAACGCAGCAGUCGGAGUGGACAGGGCAGACUCUGCAGCUGGUGUCAUGACUGGUGUCAUGCCUGGUGUCAUGCCUGGUGUCAUGCCUGGUGUCAUGCCUGGUGUCAUACCUGGUGUCAUGGCUCUACCAUCAAGUGCUGGCACAUCCACUGCAGUGGUUGGGCCUUGGACUGACAUCGUGGUGCCUGCACAAGCAAACAAGGGGGCAGGCAAAAAACAGAUGUCUGCACAGACAGACAUGGGGGAAGGCAGAGGAGAGGCGCCCGCUGAUUUGGACCCAGGUAAACAAACUGAGAAGUGGGAGGGAGAGGGUGAAGGGAAGGGAGAGGGAGAGGGUGAAGGGAAGGGAGAGGGAGAGGGAGAAGGAUCAAGGAAGGCAGGAGGGUUGGAUGAGGGACGAGGAUUGAGUGAGGGGGGGAGUGCAGGAGAUGGUUUGGGUAGUGGGCAAGAGGAGCAGGAAAAAUCAGAAACUGGGAGUGGGUUGGGGAAAGAGAGUGAGAAGACUGAUGAGGGGGGCGCAUCAACUCCAGAAUCUGACAAACAUGCUGCAACAGCGGCAGGAACACAAUUGGCAGCAGCAGCAGCAGAAGCGGAAGCAGCAGCAACAGCAAAAGCAGCAGCAGCAGCAACAGCAGAAUCAGAAGCAGCAGCAGCAGCAGUGGAAGCAGAAGCAGAAGCAGCAGCAGCAGCAGCGGAAGUAGCGGCAGCAACACAAUUGGCAGCAGCAGCAGCAGAAGCGGAAGCAGCAGCAACAGCAAAAGCAGCAGCAGCAGCAACAGCAGAAUCAGAAGCAGCAGCAGCAGCAGUGGAAGCAGAAGCAGAAGCAGCAGCAGCAGCAGCGGAAGUAGCGGCAGCAGAAGCAGCAGCCGCAAAAGCAGCAGCAGCAGAAGCAGAAGCAGAAGCAGAAGCAGAAGCAGAAGCAGAAGCAGCAGCAGAAGCAGCAGCAGCAGCAGAAGCAGAAGCAGCAGCAGGAGCAGCAGUAGCACAAGGGGAGAGAUCCGUGUAUGGAGAGAUGGUAGAAGGAGCAGAGGGCUCAGUGGAUGUGGCAAGUAAUGCUGGUGCUGGUGCUGGUGCUGGUGCUGGUGCUGGUGCUGGUGCUGGUGCUGGUGCUGGUGGUGCAGAUGAUUUGGCUGUUGUGGCCACUGCUAUAGGUAGCAAGGAGGCAGGAGCAGCAGCAGCAUCAUCAACCAAGGAACCAGCAGUAUUCGUAGGGAAGGUGGUAGCAGCCGCGACAUCUGCUCUCUUUGCUGCUGUGGCCAUGGCUCGAAUUGCCUCUGUGCUCUCAGCCGCUGCUGCUUCUGCUGCUGCUGGUUCUGCUGCUGGUUCUGCUGCUGGUGGUUCUGCUGCUGGUUCUCCUGCUGGUUCUGCCCUUGCUACAGCUGUACCUGCUUCAGAUUCAGGCGCAGCUUCCACUACUGCCAUUCCGUUACCUUCGUCCGCCAUCCCCCCUCCACGUGCCGCCAUGAGCCCUGGGGACAAGGAAGCAGAAAGCACUGCUGGCAGCUCGACUGCUGCGGUUACCCCUGUGGCCCCUGCCCCUCCUCCUCCCGCCCCUCGUGCUCCUCCUGUCCCCCCUCCACGUGCUGCCAUGAGCUCUGGGAGUAAGGGAGUGGAGAGCAAUGCUGGCAGCUCGGCUGCUUCACCUGCCCCUGUGUUGACAAGUCUUGCUGCGAAUUCCGCUGGUCCUGCUCCUGCUGCUGCCCCUUUGGCUCCUGCUGCUGCCCCUCCGGCUCCUGCACCUGCCCCUCCGGCUCCUGCACCUGCCCCUCCGGCUCCUGCUGCAGCUCCUCCGGCUCCAGCUGCUGCCCCUCUCGCUCCUGCUGCUGGCUCUCCUGGUGCCCCUGCUGUUACCCAACCUGUUCCUUGUGCUCCUGGUGCUGAUGUUGCCUCUCCACCUGCUGCCAUUCCGACUAGGAACAAGGGGGAGAGCAUGGCUGGCAGCUCAACUGCUACUGCUGCUCAGACCCCCACUUUAAUGGGCGAUGCAAGACCUGUAGCAAGUCAGGGGCCAGUGGUGGUUGGAGGGGAUGGAGAAGUGGGAGUUCCAGCAGCAGCCAGAGCUGUAGCAGGGGAGAGGGCUGUAGCACGGGAGAGAGCUGUAGCAGGGGAGAGGGCUGUAGCAGGGGAGAGAGCUGUAGCAGGGGAGAGGGCUGUAACAGGGGAGAGGGCUGUAGCAGGGGAGAGGGCUGUAGCAGGGGAGAGACCUGUAGCAGGGGAGAGGGCUGCAGCUGGGGAGAGAGCAGUAGCAGGGGAGAGAGCAGUAGCAGGGGAGAGGGCAGUCGCAGGGGAGAGAGCUGCAGCUGGAAAGAGGGCUGUGUUGCGAGGGGAGGUACCUGAGUCUGCAAUGGACACAAGCAUGGACCGCGUGUUCAGGAGGAACGGGCGGUGGGAGGUGGAGCCAUCUGGGGGAGGUAGAACUGGACGGUUGGAUCUGGGGGAGGCUGCUUCUCAGGAGGAUGUGGGGGGGUAUGGGUGGGAGAGGGGGAGGAGAGGCAGGGAUGCUCAAUGGAAGGUGGGAGGAGAGAUGAGAGAGGUUGCGUCGAGUGAUAGGGAGGCUCGAGAUGGGUGGAGGGAGGGAGGUAGACAAGGGGAGCGAAGUGACGUGAGAGAUUGGGAGGGGCAGUCGGGGGAAGAAAAGAGGAUGCCGGUAAGAGAAGAAAAUGGAGGACCGGAUUUUGGUGGCGGAAAGAGGAAUGCGCGACUGGAGAAGGAUCUGCAGGAGAAACGUUCUUCAGAAAGGAGCCGUGGCCGGCAAGGUGUGGAAGAGCCAGGCAUCAUUGAUAAUUAUUUUAGAGGAAGGAAAGCAAGUCGUGUGAAGAGAAGUGAGAAGUUGGAUGUGUUAGAACAUAGAGGAGAAGUGUGGGUGAGAGGGAAAGAUGGUGUGUACGAAAAGAAGACCCUCAAGAAUGGGGAUUGAUAUGGUAAACCUUUUGUACUUCUUAUCAAUAACACUCCUUUGUGGAA